AUGCAAGGCUACGCACACAAAGGCCCCAUUGACUGCACCAAGCCCAUUAACAGUGAAACCAUCCGAGGAAAGCCCGCCAUAGUCACUGGAGGUAUUAUUCCGUGCAAAACUAAGUGGGCGACGCGUGGGAUAAUGCACUCGCUGCGGAGAACAGCCUUCUAUUACGGCAGUCGGAUCAAUGUCAUCUCACCAUGGUAUGUCAAGACAAACAUCCUGUCUGAUGAGGCCUUUGCGCAUGUCAAGAGUGCCGGCGACCAGACCAUCAACGGCCCUUCGCUCUUUGUCUCCGGACGCAAAUGGGCGCCCAAAGGAUACAUGGACCUGGAUCUCGACGAUUAUCCGGGGAACCCGCUCAUUCAGGGAAUCCAAGAGGACCAGUUGAAGCCAGAACACUUUUCCCUGGGAUUGUUUGCGUGA